UUCAUUGUUAAAAUAGAGAGGCUGUGACCCUUGGCACCCCACCCCAGCACCCACUGUGUGUGGAAACCCGAGCCGAGGUCUGAUGGUCAAGGAGCCGGAAAUCUUCUCCCUGGUUGUCCCAGGGGAGGAUGCGAAAUCCCCCAGGUCUCCGUUGAGAUUGGCAACUAAGGCCAGAUCCCCUGGGACACUUUGGAGGAAACUUGACAGGCCCCACCAUCGGACUGAAGGAGCUGCCUUGGCCUGACUUGACUGAUAUGGAGGGGGUGGCUGGAAAUGCCUCCUGCGAACACUUUGAAGCUGAUGUGCUGGCCCAGAGCUGCUGUCAGGACUGCUGCUACCCUGAGGAGGCCCACAGCGCAAGGCACCAGGAGCCUGGAAGGCCUGCGAGCGCUGAGGUGCCCUACUGCGACCUGCCCCGCUGCCGGCCUGCCCUUGAGGACCCGCUCAGCACCCUGACCUCCAGCUGCCAGUCUGUGGUGGGUCCGGGCCGUGGGCCAGAGCCUGAGAGGGGCCCACCAGCAGGGCUUCUGGCAGAGGGCUUCACAGCUGCCUCCAGGAGCCGGGAACCUGAGGCAGCUCCCUACCUGGAGGGCCUGGCCUCCUCCCCGUGUGGCAGCUUCAACGAGAGCCCUGACUCUGGCCCCAGCGCCAGCCCUGACUGCGAAGCCCCUGAUGAUACCAGCGACUCAUCAUUGGUGGACUGGGACACUGUUGAGAGACGGGAGGAGGCCCCCAGUGGGGACAACUUCACCGUGAUGAUCCCACGGAAGUCGCAGGAGGUGCCAAGGGCUGACAGUGCCCGCAAGGCUCCUCCUCUCCUCACCCAGUCCCCUGUGGGAGGGGGAGACACUACAGGCCAGAAAAAGGAGGGCUCCGGAGGUGGGAACCGAAGCGCCGGACAGCACUGGGCCAAGCUCCGGGGAGAAAGCGGGUACUUCUCCUUGGAGCGGUCCGGGUCCGUGCCGACCCCGGCCUCCCCCGCGACACCACAGAGCGGUCCUCAAAGUGCCACCUCCCAGGCUUCCUCUGUCCAUCGCUCUGCCCCAAGAAACGCUGUCCAGGCUGCUUCCCCACGACGCGGGACCUCCCGAGCCUCCUCUCCCCCCCGAAUCACCCAACGGGACAAUGCUGGAACCUCAUCUACUCAACAGGAUGCCCCCAAGACCUCUUCCACACAGCGGAACACCCCCAGAGCAACUUCUCCUUCAAGAGUUGCCCCACGAGACAGCCCCAGAACCUCGUCCACCCAACAGGAUGCCCCAAAGACCUCUUCCACACAGCGGGACACCCCCAGAGCAACCUCCCCCUCUAGAGCUGCCCCACGAGACAACCUCAGAACCUCGUCCGCCCAACAGGAUGCCUCCAAGACUUCUUCCACACAGCGGGACACCCCCAGAGCAACCUCUCCUUCAAGAGUUGUCCCACGAGACAGCCCCAGAACCUCAUCCACCCAACAGGAUGCCCCCAAGACCUCUUCCACACAGCGGGACGCCCCCAGAACAACCUCCCCCUCAAGAGCUGCCCCACGAGACAACCUCAGAACCUCGUCCGCCCAACAGGAUGCCUCCAAGACCUCUUCCACACAGCGGAACAUCCCCAGAGCAACCUCCCCCUCAAGAGCUGCCCCACGAGACAAACUCAGAACCUCGUCUGCCCAACAGGACGCCUCCAAGACUUCUUCCACACAGCGGGACACCCCCAGAGCAACCUCUCCUUCAAGAGUUGUCCCACGAGAUAGCCCCAGAACCUCAUCCACCCAACGAAAUAAUCCUCGGGUUUCCUCUCCCCCCAGAGCCCCCCAACAAGACACCUCCAGAGCCUCUUACACCCAAGAGGACAACCCUCAAGCUCCUGUUCCGACUUGUACUCCCCAGCGGGGUAACCCCAGACCUUGUGUUCCACAGAACGCACCUAGAAGCUCUUCUGCCCAAAGGGACAACCCUAAAACCUCUUGUACCCAACGGGACAAUCCCAAAUCCUCUUCCUCACGGCGGGAAAACCCCGGAAGCACCUGUCAGGGCUGCACCCAACAAGACAAUCCCAGAGCAUCCUCUCCCCAUCGCUCCUCUCAGUGGAACAAUCCCUGGAACACCUCUCCCCACCGUACUAACAAAGACAUCCCAUGGGCCUCCUUUCCCCUCCGGCCAACGCAGAGCGAUGGCCCCCGAACCUCCUCCCCAUCUCGCUCCAAGCAAAGUGAGGUUCCCUGGGCAUCCAUUGCCCUCCGGCCAACCCAGAGCGACCGGCCUCGGACCUCAUCUCCUGCUAGACCAGCUCAGCGGGACUCACACCAGUCCUCUGGACCCACCCAGCACAACUCACCAUUCCGGGCCACUGCCACCUCCCAUAACCCAGGCCACCAUGGUGCCUCCAGGACAUCCUCGCCUCUGCACCCCACUCCCCAUGGUGCACCCCAGACCUUUUCUGAGCCCCCCCAGCCUCCGUGUGCUGUAUGCAUUGGGCACCGGGACGCCCCUAGGGCCUCCUCGCCUCCUCGUUAUUUACAGCAUGACCCUUUCCCCUUCUUCCCAGACCUCCAUGCAUCUGAGAGUGAAUCGCCCCACCAUGAUCCCCCCUAUAUGCCCCCAGCUGUAUGCAUUGGACACCGGGAUGCCCCCCGGGCUUCCUCACCUCCCCGCCACACCCAGUUUGACCCCUUCCCCUUCCUCCCGGACACAUUGGAUGCUGAGAACCAGUCCCCCCAGCAUGACCCUCCUCAGUUCCCCCCACCUGUGUGCAUCGGGUACCGCGAUGCACCCCGGGCCUCCUCCCCGCCCCGCCACGCCCCCGAGCCCUCCCUCUUGUUCCCGGAUCUCCCCAGAGCCAGCACAGAGAGCCUGGUCCCCUCCAUGGACUCUUUGCAUGAGCCUCCUGCCAUCCCCACACCAGUAUGCAUUGGGCACCGCGAUGCACCCUCCUUCUCGUCCCCUCCACGCCAGCCCCCCGAGCCCUCCCUCUUCUUCCAGGACCCCCCUGGGACGAGUAUGGAGAGCCUGGCCCCCUCCACUGACUCUCUGCGUGGCUCCCCAGUGCUGCCCCCUCAGGUGUGCAUCGGGCACCGGGAUGCCCCUCGCGCCUCCUCCCCACCCCGCCACCCGCCCAGUGACCUAGCACUCCUGGCACCCUCACCUCCUCCGGGCAGCUCGGAGGGCUCCUGGGGCUCGGCACCCCCAGGGGAGAUCAGGCACAACUUGGAGAGGGAGGAGUACACCGUGCUGGCCGAUCUGCCCCCCGCCAGGAGGCUGGCGCAGAGGGAGCCCGGGCCCCAGGGCAGCAACAGGGGCCGUACCCGCAGCCCUGGCCGCGCAGAGGUGGAGCGCCUCUUCGGGCAAGAGCGCAGGAAGUCCGAGGCACCGGGGGCCUUCCAGGCCCGGGACGAGGGGCGGUCGCAGCGGCCCAGCCAAGGUCAGAGCCAACUUCUCCGAAGACAGUCCAGCCCUGCCCUCAGCAGGGAGGUAACCAAGCCCCCCACGAAGCAGGCGGAACCAGCCCGACGUAGCUGCACAGAAGCCCCUCAUCCCAGGAGCCCGGAGAGGCGGUCUGAGGGGGACCGGUGGCUCCAGGGGUCCUCGCCGCCCCCGAGAACGUCAGCCAGAACUCCUGAGAGGGAACAGCGGACACAGAGACCUCUGGAACGUGGCCAGGCGGGCCCAAGACAGCCCCUGGGAGGGUGGCGGAGUCAGGAGGAGCCACCAGGAUCCCGGACCCCGCACAGACGCCUGGAGAGAGGCUGGUGCAGCCAGGAGGAGGGCCCAGGCCUGGGAGGCUGGCAAGGACCUGGGGAGUCCAGCCGGGGAGCUGCCAGAGCCCCAGAGGGAAUGUGGAGGGGCCCUCCCAGGGAGUCUGAGGAGAGCUGGAGCCUGCUGGGUGGCCUCUCUGGCCACAGGUGGCAGUCAGAGACCUUGGAGGAGCCCCGGCACAGGUCAGCUCAGAGGGGCUGGGGCAGCCUUCAGGAGCUGUCCAGUCCUCGCCAGCCUGUGAGCCCCCCAGAGAACUCCAGGGCAGGCCCAAGGGAGUUCUCGAAAUCCCAGAGGCCUGAGACAUCACCAGACGUGGGCAGGGGCGCUGAGGGAGCCUGCCCACACUUGCACGGCCCCGAGAGGCGACCUGAGCUUGACUGGAGGGACCUGGUGAGCCUUCUCGGGGUACCCAGGGAGGGGACAUGGACCCGCUCGGAGCAGGUCACCUGCUCACCUCCCGUGAGCUCCCCGACACUCACCUCCCGUCUUCCGAGACUGGACUGGGAGGGCCUCCUGGAGCUACUGCAGGCCCAGUUGCUCCAAAAGGACCCAGCAAGACACUGGGUUGGCCCUGGCCAGGCUUUCCCAGGCACCAAGGGUACCCUGGAGCUGGAGCAAGACCGACAAAGCCAGCCUGAAGGAGGGGCAGGGGCUGCCCUAGUCAAUGGAUACGACCCCGGGCAGUGGCCCCAGAGCUCCGCCCAGCCGUCCAGCCCCGCCAGCAUCUCCACCCAGUGGCCAAAGACCAAAGUGUCAAGCGGACCAGAAUCCUCAGCUACGACUGGUCUGGAGGAGGGCCAUUUGGGGAGCAGGAGCCCUGCAGAGGGCCCCAGCUCGCCACAGCGGGAGUCAAAGGAGCCUGAGGAAUCAGAACGAAGCAGAGGCCAAGACUCAGUGACUGAUCAGAAGCAGGCCGACUCGGCAGACAAGAGGCCAGCGGAGGGCAAGGCUGGGAGCCCACUCAAGGGCCGACUGGUGACCUCAUGGCGGAUGCCCGGGGACCGUCCCACGCUGUUCAAUCCGUUCCUGCUGUCUCUGGGGGUCCUCAGGUGGCAAAGGCCCGAUCUGCUAAACUUCAAGAAGGGAUGGAUGUCUAUCUUGGACGAGCCUGGAGAACGCCCCUGACCCUUACUCACCGCCAUCUCUCCUUUGCAGUGGAAGAAGCACUGGUUUGUGCUGACUGACUCAAGCCUCAAGUACUACCGGGAUUCCACUGCUGAGGAGGCGGAUGAGCUGGACGGUGAGAUUGACCUGCGCUCCUGCAUGGACGUCACUGAGUACGCAGUGCAGCGGAACUAUGGCUUCCAGAUCCACACCAAAGAUGCUAUCUAUACCUUGUCGGCCAUGACCUCGGGCAUCCGAAGGAACUGGAUCGAGGCUCUGAGGAAGACUGUGCGUCCCACCUCAGCCCCAGAUGUCACCAAGCUCUCGGACUGCAACAAGGAGAACACGCUACAUGGCUACAGCACCCCGAAGGGCUCCCUGAAGGCGGGGGAGCAGCGGGUGGGCUCUGAGGUCAUCAGCCGGGGCGGCCCCCGGAAGGCAGAUGGGCAGCGGCAGUCGCUGGACUACGUGGAGCUCUCCCCGCUGACUCAGGGCUCCCCACAGCGGGCCCGCACCCCGGCCCGCACCCUCGACCGCCCGGCCAAGCAGGAGGAGCUGGAGCGGGACCUGGCCCAACGCUCCGAGGAGCGACGCAAGUGGUUCGAGGCCACGGAUACCCGGGCCGCAGAGACACCGGCAGGCGAGGGUCCGCGCCGGGUCCUGGGUGCCCCGCUGACUGAGGACCAGCAGAGCCGGCUCAGCGAGGAGAUCGAGAAGAAGUGGCAGGAGCUGGAGAAGCUGCCCCUUCGGGAGAACAAGCGGGUGCCUCUCACCGCCCUGCUCAAUCAAGGCCGCGGGGAGCGCCGGGGGGCCCCGAGCGACAGCCACGAGGCGCUGGAGAAGGAGGUCCAGUCCCUUCGUGCCCAGCUGGAGGCAUGGCGUCUCCAAGGGGAGGCUCCUCAAGGUGCACCCAAGUCCCAGGAGGACGGCCACAUACCCCCCGGCUACAUCUCACAGGAGGCAUGCGAGCGCAGCCUGGCAGAGAUGGAGUCUUCGCACCAGCAGGUGAUGCAGGAGCUACAGCGGCACCACGAGCGGGAGCUACAGCGGCUGCAACAGGAGAAGGAGUGGCUCCUGGCUGAGGAGACGGCGGCCACGGCCUCGGCCAUUGAAGCCAUGAAGAAAGCCUACCAGGAGGAGCUGAGCCGGGAGCUGAACAAGACACGGACUCUCCAGCAGGGUCCAGACGGCCUCCGGAAGCAGCACCAGUCAGACGUAGAGGCGCUGAAGCGGGAGCUGCAGGUGCUAUCAGAGCAGUACUCACAGAAGUGCCUGGAGAUCGGGGCCCUGACGCGGCAGGCCGAGGAGCGCGAGCACACGCUGAGGCGCUGCCAGCAGGAGGGCCAGGAGCUGCUGCGCCACAACCAGGAGCUGCACACCCGCCUGUCCGAGGAGAUUGACCGGCUGCGCAGUUUCAUCGCCUCUCAGGGGACGGGCAACGGCUGCGGUCGCAGCAGCGAGCGGAGCUCCUGUGAGCUGGAGGUGCUGCUGCGAGUGAAGGAGAACGAGUUGCAAUAUCUGAAGAAGGAGGUGCAGUGCCUCCGAGAUGAGCUCCAGAUGAUGCAGAAGGACAAGCGCUUCACCUCGGGAAAGUACCAGGAUGUGUACGUGGAGCUGAACCACAUCAAGACGCGGUCAGAGCGGGAGAUUGAGCAGCUGAAAGAGCACCUGCGCCUCGCCAUGGCUGCCCUGCAGGAGAAGGAGGCUGUGCGCAACAGCCUGGCCGAGUAGAGGUCCUUGUGGUCCAGCCCACUGCAGACCCCCCAGUCCAAGGAGACCAAUCGCCUUCCUUCCCUGCUGGACGGACGUCAGAAGCCAAGCUUUCUCCCCACCCUCUGUGGGCUCACACCCACGUGCAUUCACACCCACCACACACAUGCACACACACACACACAUACACAGCAACACACACACAUACACAUGUACACUCUCUGCGUAUCUGAGCGCGCCCCUAGCACUGGGUCUUACCUUGCACCUUCUUCAGGAUUUUAUAUGUGAAGAGAUUUUUAUAUAGAUUUUUUUUUCCUUUUUUUUCCCCAAAAACACUUUAUACUUUUUAAAAAGCAAUUCCUAGUGGCACGUGCCUCAAGCACCAGCCCCCACUCUGUCUCCAGCCACUGCUUGGGCUUCUGGGCCCGUCUCCCUGUCCGGGGUCUAGUGGAGGCCCAGCAGUAGCUGUGGCAGGGUGGACUCGGUGGGAGAGGCAGGGAGCCGGCCACCCUCUUCCUACCCUACCUCCCGCUAACUACUCCCUGCCCUGGGGGGACUCACUCCCUGGGACUCUGGACAGAGGGACAGAUGGACAGAGGGAGCCGGUAGCUGUCCCCACAGCCCCGCCCCCUCCACUGAGGGGGUGCUGGGCAUGGAUCUGUGGGAGCCGCACCGUGCAGGUAUUUCUCUCCUGCUCCAUGAGCCUUCUUAACUUAAUAAAAUGUUCUGGCA